GAGAACUUUUAAGAGUCAAGGUUAUGUUAUUGGUUUCGGUGGUUGUCUUGUGAUGAAUACUUGCAUCUUAUUUGGAGAGAAAAAAAACGCACGCCUCUGCUGGAACACUUGUGCGUACACUGUGCGUACACGGGGAAAUUUUGUUUGCGAAUCUCAUGUGUAUGGGUUUGUGCGGACUUGUCAUUUGCCGAGCUACAUUGCCAAUGCUUUAUGCGAAGUGCUCAUUGACCCCGUUGCGGAACAUGGCUAAGUCGUGCUGCUACACUUGCCUUUCUACAUCUAGAGAAUGUGUUCCUUAGGUUUAUGAGAGAAUCUGAGAGCUCAUAUGAAUGUAACUAGUAGCACAGCAAGCAUGAAUGGCAUGGCCUUAUGGCAAGCAUAUUAAAAUGUGUUAAAAAAAAAUCCAGAUUUCUGUGAGUUCUUGCUUUUUUGUAAACCUACUGUAUUUUGAUUUUUGUUAAUCUGAACUUUGAUAACGGAAAGAGAGGAACCUUUCUUGUUUAAAAUGAAUUAGAAUAUAGUAUGAAUACACACUAAGUAUGGACAAACAUUCAUUAUUACUUACACUUUCCCAUGCACUCUCCUCAUAUACAAUGUCUCGCACUAAUUUAUUGAUAUGAUUUCUCCUAUAGAAUAAUUUCAAUUCAAGUUCUCAUAGGCAAAUACAGUAUCUAACAUUCAUAUAUCCAUACACUUAGAUACAGUUACUCAAACUCAUAUGCUAAUAAACAAUUGUGCGAUUACACACGGUCAUGUUCAUCUGUACUCGUAGGCAAAGAAAGGAAAAAAGGUGUUGUACUUUCUGGUAUUAAAAUUCAGAAAUAUAUUUUUAUCCAAAUCAAGGUAGGCACUGCUAUCAGAAGUAAUGUAAUAAUUGCAAGGAACUAGCAGAUAAAACUUACUACGUCCAUCGAAUACUGAACAGUGGCACAAAUUUCCUUCGUGGUUAAUUGGGCAAUCCAGUAAAACAGUAGGAAAAUUAACCUAGAAUGUAAACAGUAUUUUAAUUGGUAUUCUUGAAUCUUGAACUCACAUCCUCCAAGACUGUAGAAGGUAAUGGGGUAGCACUGAGCCAAAAAAAAAAAAAAAAGAAAAGAAAAGAAAAAAAAAGUUUGCUGCGCGCAUCACUCACACAACUGCUAAUCAAAUUACAUCGUAAGUUAUGAACCACAGCUCUUUUACUUGAGGGGGAACCGAGAGUAUUUCAUAUCCAAAAUAUAUGGCCUCUUCUAGUUGAGGCAGAUCCUCGUUUGGGUGAUGAUACUCCUGGCCCUGACCUACUUGGUGGUGAUAAUACGUGGAUUUUGGUAGCCUAAGAUGAUGAGACCGCACGAGCCUGCUGCUCUACUCGCCCAUCAGCUGUUUCUAGGCCAGGUACCGGUAAUUGGUGGUGGUGGCGGUGCAACAGCUGCUCUCCUGACUGUUACGGGAGGAGCCAAAGUGGGCACCCCCACCACCAUCUCCCCGGAGGACCGAGGGACCACACCAGAACGGGUUGAAUUUGAGAAUUCCGUGGUUGAGCAAAGCGAUGAGGAAGAGUACCUCUCUGAGGACGAGUGGACCGACAGGAACUUUGGGGCUUCAGCAAAUGAGUUGGAUGACACGGACGGGGAUGAGGAUAGUGACUAUUCAGAUUUAAGUGAUGAAGAGGUUGAAGAUGAAGAAAUGGAAUUCAUAGAGGUGGUGGCACUCUGACUGCUGCCGAAACUCGUCGACUUGCUGAAUCUUGGCAGAGACGUUACUCAACAGACCGCCUUGAUGACGAUGAUGGUGUAUCAGGUCAUGAGACAGAGUCUGACUUAGAAUCUGAUAAUUACAGUGAAGAAUAUGGAGCUGA